AUGAGCCAGCCCAGGCCCCGAUACGUGAUAGACCGACCUGCAUACUCCCUGACCCUUUUCGAUGAGGAAUUCGAGAAGAAGGACAGAACUUACCCAGUGGGCAAAAAGCUUCGUGAUACUUUCAGAUGUUCCUCUGCCAAGAUCAAAACUGUAGCAUUUGGGCUUUCCCCCCCUAUCCUAUCCUGGCUCCCCAAAUACAAGAUCAAGGACUACAUCGUGCCUGAUCUGCUUGGGGGACUGAGUGGGGGAUCCAUUCAGGUCCCACAAGGUGAGAGGAUCCAUGGCUUUUGCGCUGGUGGCCACCUUCCUGCAGUCAGCCUCUACUCAUCCUUCUUUCCUCUCCUGACCUACUUCUUCUUGGGAGGUGUGCAUCAGAUGGUGCCAGGUACCUUUGCUGUUAUCAGCGUCCUGGUGGGUAACAUCUGUCUGCAGCUGGCUCCGGUCAAAUUCCAGGUCUUUAACAAUGUCACCAACACAAGCUACGUGGACAUAGCAGCCAUGGAGGAGGAGAGACUCCACGUGUCGGCAACACUGGCUUGUUUAACAGCCAUCAUCCAGAUGGGCCUAGCUUCAUGCAGUUUGGUUUUUGUGGCCAUCUACCUAUCUGUCUUCAUCAGAGGCUUCAUGACUGCUGCCGGACUGCAGAUCCUGAUUUCUGUGCUGAAGUACAUCUUUGGGCUGACCAUCCCUCCUACACUGGCCCUGGGGCCAUUGUCUUGACCUUUCAUUGACAUCUGCAAAAAUCUGCCCCAUACAAACGUUGCCUCACUUGUCUUUGCCCUGAUCAGUGGGGUCUUUCUAGUGCUGGUGAAAGAGCUCAACGUUCGCUACAUGCACAAGAUCCGCAUCCCCAUCCCCACAGAACUGAUUUGUGAUCAAAAUGUGGUGGUGGCAACGGCUAUCUCUGGGGGUUGUAAGAUGCAGAAGUAUCAUAUGCAGAUUGUGGGAGAGAUCCAACAGGGAUUUCACCACCCCAGUGUCCCCUGUGGUCUCCAGUGGAAGGAUAUGAUUGGCACAGCCUUCCUGGCCAUCGUGGGUUAUGUCAUCAACCUGGCCAUUGGCAGGACCCUGGGAACCAAACAUGGCUAUGAUGUGGAUCCUAACCAGGAAAUGAUUGCUCUAGGCUGCAGCAACUUUUUUGGCUCCUUCUUUAAAAUUCAUGUCAUUUGCUGUGCUCUCUCAGUCAUGGCUGUGGAUGGCGCAGGGGGCAAAUCCCAGGUAUCAAGUCUGUGUGUAUCCCUAGUGGUGAUGAUCACCAUGCUAGUGUUGGGGGUCUACCUGUACCCCUUACCCAAGGGUAGAUCUGUGCUGGGGGCCCUAAUUGCUGUCAACCUCAAGAACUCUCUUAAGCAGCUCACAGACCCCUAUUAUUUGUGGAAGAAAAGCAAAUUGAUUUGUGUCUGGGUUGUGAGUUUCCUCUCCUCCUUUUUCCUCGGACUGCCCUAUGGUGUAGCAGUGGGCGUCUCCUUCUCCAUCCUAGUGGUUGUCUUCCAGACCCAGUUUCGUAAUGGCUCUGCCCUGGCCCAGGUCAUGGGCACAGAUAUCUAUGUGAACCCUAAGACCUACAAUAGGGUCCAGGAAGUAGAGGGAAUUAAAAUCCUGACUUACUGCUCUCCACUCUACUUUGCCAACUCAGAAAUCUUCAGACAGAAGGUCAUUUCCAAGAUAGGUGUGGACCCCCAGAAAGUGUACCUGGCCAAGCAGAAAUACCUAAGAUCAGGAAAGGGACGCAGGAUGCCCACAAGACAGAGGAAAUCCCUGUUCUUGAAAAAAAAGACUGUCUCCCUACAAGAACUCCAGCAAGACUUUGAGGUUGUUUCCCCCACGGAUACCAACAACAAUCAGACAGCUGCCAAUGGAACUGGGAUUUCCUAUAUCACCUUCAGCCUAGAGGACCCCACACCCUCCAAAGAUGAGCCACCAGCCCCCUUUACAACAACCAGUGAACCUGAGGACUCCCUGGCCAGUGUCCCACCCUUCAUCUCUUUCCAUACCAUCAUCCUGGACAUGAGUGGGGUCAGCUUCGUUGACCUUAUGGGCAUCAAAGCAUUAGCAAAGCUCUCCUCCACCUAUGGGAAGAUUGGUGUGAUCUUCUUGGUGAAUAUUCAAGCCCAAGUGUACAAUGACAUUAAUCACGGGGGUGUUUUUGAGGACGGGACCUUAGAACGAAAUCACAUCUUUCCCAGCAUCCAUGAUGCUGUCCUUUUUGCUCAAGCCUGCAGCAGAACAGUGGUGACAGGACAAGACUUAAGAAGGACUCCAGUGAACAAUGAACUUUCCAUGUACGAUUCAGAUGAUAGUGGAUCAAGCUACCAUGAUCUGGAACAGGAGAUAUUUGGGAGCAUGUUCCACUCUGAGACACUGACAGCUCUGUGAAUCUCCAGCAGAAACACCUCACCAUCUCCAGCAUUUCCCCUUCCCCAG